CUUCUACUGUCUGCUCAUGCACCCAGCAAUGGAGACGAACAGGGACGCGAUUGGCAAGUGGAGUGUCGAGGGUUCAAGAGCGGAAUUACAGAAGUUGACGGAGAACUUUCAUCCGGUUGUGAAGAAGCUCUGCGAGCUCGCAGUGACACCGUUGCUUUGGACGAUUUGCUGCAGGGAGCCAUUAGCAUCGUGUGUCAAAGGAAGAGCUGUUGCAAUCGGAGAUGCUUGCCACCCACACCUGCCACACCAUGGACAGGGAGCAGCAGCAGCAGCUGAGGAUGCAGCUUCUCUUGGUGUAUUCCUGUCUGGAGUUCAGCAGCCUGUCACACCGAGCGGUGUGCCCGCAGUCCUCAGGCGAUGGGAGUCGUUCAGAUUACCGCGGGUUAAGGCGAUUCAACUGAUCACCAUUACCUUUCCCAUGCCGAUUGAGGAGCUGGAGUCUAAGAUACGGGCAUUGGGAUAUCAUGGUGUCUUGCCACAAAAUGUGGAUAGUCAUGAGAAGAUGAUAACUCGGUGGCUCUUUGGGUAUGAUGUUGAGGCAGAGGCGGCUAAGUAUUGCGAGGUUUUCCAGGUCUAGUCGAUCGAGGUCGUAGAAAUUUCAGAUUCGCAUAUCUUUUGCUCGAAGUAGGUGCUGCAUUCGGCAAGAAAG